AUGGGGGACAAUGUGCGACGAGCUGGACGGGCCAUGCUUCCUGGUGGUACUCUGGUCUUGAAGUACCUCUGGAUGUACAUCGUGCUUCAUCUGUUCCGGUCGCACGACCUCUCCCGACCAACUGGCCUGGGCAAUAUCGUCAUGGGCGAGAAAAAAAAUAUUGGGUGGAGCCGACACAAGUACGCUAGCGACUAG